AUGCGAGACCCCCUGGAGCUGGAGGAGCAGGGCGGCGGCGGCUGGCUGCAACCGGGAAGGCACGACGAGCGAGUGAGACGCUGUACCCGCCAAAGCUACCAGCAAAGCUUGAUUGACAAGGGAGUGACGUUGGGCGAGGGCGGCGUGUACGUCAUCGGCCAGGUAACCGGAAGGGGGGGGUGUGAGGAGAUGGGCGUCCUGACGAGACGACGGACGCCUGGGAUGAAGGGGAGGGUCUCAGUCGGCGGCCUGCUUUGCUUCGAGGACUGGAGAAAGGGCGGCGGCGGCAACAGCACCUCUCUCCGUGACCGCUCCGGUUACCCUGGCGGAAGCUCGACAUGA